AUGUUAGAGCGCAUGCUCAAUUUCCAAGCUACGUUUGUGCAUGAACAAGCAGAGCGUGACCAGAGAUUGAUAGCUGAAUUUGCACGUAUGCAAGCACAACGCGAUAGAGAACGUGAUGCUAUGCAUGCAGAACGAGAAACUGAACAUGAUGCUAAACAAGCAGAGCGUGAUCGACGCCAGCAUGAGAGAUACUUGCAGUUAAUGCAAUCUUUGGAAGCGAUGCAAAAACCAACAACACCAACACCACCAGGAGUUACCACAGUUUCAUCUAUGGAUGGAUCAGAAUUGAAACCUUCUGCACCAGAAGUAACGACAGCUGCAGCAGCACCGACAACGACCGCACCAGAACCAACAACACCAACGCCAACACUAGUUACCUCAGUUUCAUCCACGAAUGGGUCAGAAUUGAAACCUUCUGCCCCAGAAGUAACGACAACUGCAGCAGCACCGACAACUCCUGCACCAGAGCCAACAACACCAACGCCAACAGUAGUGACAACAGUUUCAUCCACGACUGGGUCAGAAUUGAAACCUUCUGCCCCAGAAGUAACGGCGGCUGCAGCAGCACCAACAACUCCCGCACCAGAGCCAACAACACCAACGCCAACAGUAGUUACCACAGUUUCAUCCACGACUGGGUCAGAAUUGAAACCUUCUGCCCCAGAAGUAACGACAACUGCAGCAGCACCAGUAACUCCCGCACCAGUUCUAGAAACUACAAGCACGCCGGAGUUAGAAACAUACACACCAAUAGUGACAACACAGCCUUCUGAUGGAUCAACACUGGUGGUUCAAGGAGGUCUUGAUGACUCACCAGAAGCAACGACGGCACCUGCACUACACACGACUCCGGCUUCAGUUUCAGAAACAACUCCUGGGGAACAAACAGUAGAUACGGAUGUAGUGGAGGUACACACUGAAGCAACAAGUCUCUCGCCACCUCCAGCAUCAACAGAAUCGGCGGACAGUGCAACAGAAACACCGAACGAACCAAUUCAAGACACCGGGCGAGAUGAACACUUACCUGAAAAAGAUUCAACGCCAGAACUGUUACCAGAAACCGAAUCACCAGUUGUAUCGUCACUGACACCGGCGCCAGUACCGGACAACGUGCAAGAAAUUCCGCCAUCAUCUGUCACAAAACCGCCGCCACCAAAGCCGGUAACACCAUAUCCACAUGGUCUUCUUGAAGCAGCUAUUGCUGGAGUCCUCAAACUGCUGUUAAAACAACGAGGUAUGUAUAGAAACCAUUUCAUCAAACGAAGCAAAUAG